AUGAACCUCCCUCAGCUGCUACCAUUUGCCCUUCUAGGCACCACAUUCGCCUUCGCAGUCGUCGAACUAGGUCUCACCGGUCACAUAGUCUCAUUCUUCACCCAGGGCAACAAGGAAUAUCGCUAUGACCCCUCAAGAAACGGAUACACAUCCCAGACAGUGACAAUCGUGGUUCCACCAAUCCUCGCGUUCAUUCUAUUCAACUCAAUAUGGACAAUGUUAGUUUCGGUUGCGACCGCGGUCAUACCAUGGGUCUUCCGGAGUAAAGCAACUGCGGGCACUGCUCUCAACAAAUUGAUCACAAUCGGGCUUCUCGGACUUUAUUUCGUGACCACGGUCUUCUGGUUAGCUUCUUUUGCUGCUAUGGCCGCGCGGUCAACAUAUGGAGCUGGCAAGUCGGAUUACGUGAAUGCGAUCAUUGCUUUUGCGGUUUUGACAUGGUUCCUCUUCUGUACUUUGACCCUCGCUGUCGUUCUCGGUAUCUGUGGAGUCUUGCAAUGCGAUCUACCGGGCUAUAGGCCUCUUGGAAAGCAGGACUGCCCUGCACCGGCACCGGCACCGCAGAACACACAAAUGGAUCAAGUGGCUACUUAG